AUGGCUGUUCGUGCGCAGUUUGAGAAUUCAAAUGAAGUCGGUGUCUUCUCUACAUUGACAAACUCAUAUGCCUUGGUUGCUGUUGGCGCCAGUGAGAACUUCUACAGUGUAUUCGAAGCAGAACUCCAAGAUGUUAUCCCAAUUUGCCAUGCCACAAUCGCAGGAACUCGUAUUAUUGGACGUUUGACUGCAGGUAACAAGAAGGGACUUUUGGUACCAACGAGCACAACAGAUCAGGAGUUGCAACAUUUGAGAAAUAGUUUACCGGACAGCGUUAAGAUACAGAGAAUAGAAGAGAGACUUUCAGCUCUUGGAAACGUCAUAGUAUCAAACGAUCAUGUCGCCCUUGUCCAUCCAGAUCUUGAGCGCGAAACCGAAGAAAUUAUUGCCGAUGUCCUCGGUGUUGAAGUUUUCCGUCAAACCAUCGCCGAUAAUGUCCUUGUCGGAUCCUAUAUGGCACUUUCCAACCAAGGUGGUAUCGUCCAUCCAAAAACCAGCAUUCAAGAUCAAGAUGAAUUAUCUUCGUUAUUACAAGUUCCAUUGGUUGCAGGUAGUGUAAACAGAGGUAGCAGUGUAGUUGGUGCAGGUAUGGUUGUUAACGAUUGGAUGGCCGUUACUGGUUUGGAUACUACGGCUACGGAAUUGAGUGUGGUCGAGAGUGUAUUCAGGCUGGGCGAGGGACAAGGCCCAAGUGAUAUUGCGGGAAAGAACAAGGAUACCAUGGUGGAAAGUUUCUAUUAA